UCUCCCGUCGUCUGCAGACGAAAACCUUUCAUCGUUCCGUGUUCCAAAACUGCGAAAUUCUCGCGAGCUCUUCGUGUUACGUGCGAAACUAAUUAAUGGUUGUAGCAUUAUUCUUAGCCAAUAUUUGCCUUCGGUACGACCGUAUUUUGGCGGAUUCGUUAUCCUUCUUCGGUUUGCCGUCUUUUAUAGUGCGUGUUCCGAAUAAGUGUCCCUCGAAAUCGGGUGCAUUUCAUUGAACGUGUUCAGUGUUUACAUUUGUGGAAAGUGCUCUCAUUGUGCGAAAAACAACUCGAUCCCUUGAAGGAAAAAGUGUCCCAUUGACCUCAAUCGGGAGGCCCAAACCGCCAAAACAAGUUCUACGAUCCGAUCAGCACCUGUUAUUCAGUGAUCGACCAUUAGGAGAAAGUGAGCCUGUUGCAGAGCUGAGGAGAGAUGAUGUCUGCAAGUGGUGAGGGGGCGACACCUUCGCCGCUACCUCCGCUGGUGGGCGGAGGAGGGGGUGGAAGUGGUGCCACUAAAAGUGACACGUCGUCACGAACCGCCCCGGUGAAGAAUCCGCUGCUGAGCAUGCAGGUGACCGGGCUGACGUUGGACGACUUCGCCCACCAUGCGCUGCUGCUUCCGGCGGCCCCUCCGCCACCGCCACCCAAGGAACCGACUCCGCCGCCGCUGCUGGAAAUAAGCCGGGAGCUGGAAACAACAGACAUUAAAAAACCUGUAGUCUUCGGUGGAGCAGUUCCUGAGCUUCAGGACCCGGAUAGUUUUAGCGAAAUAGAUUUACACUCGACGGCCGACUCGCUGAGCAACGCACCGCCCUCGACUAAUGAUUACAAUCCCUUGCUGGAUCUGGAAGAUUCGGAGCAACGGGAACCUAAUUCGUACCUUCAGCAGACGUCUGCAUUGACUGCACAAUUUGCAGCCCAGCUGCCAAACGUCGCCUCUACUGUUUUCUCUACAUUUAGUCGAGUGAUAAAAGGAUCUUCGCCAGGUCCCCAGCAGGCGCCAAGUCAACCUCCAGCUGUAGAACAACCUUCAUUUACAGCUCCGAUAGCCGCUUAUGACUAUUCCCACCAAGAAGGAUACCUUCAAGAAUCGAACUCCUUCUUAGAUCAACAACAACAGCAAGGACCUCCACCAGCACCACCUACUUUUUUCAACCCAGAAGCGAUUAGCCAACCUGGACCGGUUCAACAUCUUCCAGCGACUGGUACUGGUGCCAAUACCUACCGCCUUGGUGGAGCGAAAAAGAAAACCUACGCUCACAUUCCGGGCUUGAGCACGGUAGGACCACCGCCAACAGUGGUAGCUCCUGUGCAAAAUCAAGACCUCAGUCACUUUGCUCCAAAUCCAGAACCAACUAUUGAAGCCACAAGUCAAGCUCAACCACAAAAACCAGGCUUUUCCUUUUUUGAAAAACUACCUAAUCUACCGAACCUCUUAGAGAAGAUCCCGAAGCCUGCUUUUUCAUCCGGACCACAGCAACCCUCGGCAGUAUCUCCCAAUCCUACGAACUACUUUGGAGGACCAGUUGUACAACCUACGAUCGUAGAAUCUUCGGGUUUAUCGCCAAAUCCUGUAAACUAUUUUGGGGCACCACCUGUGCAGCACCCUUCUCCUCCUUCUGAGGUACCACCGUUUACUCAACCUCUAUUUCAACAACCAGCUUCAGAACCACUUGAACAACCUACAAACUUACCUCCUCCUCCAACGUUCUUCACUCCAACCCAAGUCCCAACGGUUCCAAACCUCCCUCACCAUCAGCCCUCAAAGAAUCCCUACAGCUCUAGUCAUCUAAAUAGAUCUGUUGGACUGUACAAGAACCCUCUAUCUACUACCACUUCUGCUACAGUACCUCAUUACCUUCCAAAUCAAGAACCACCAAAAGUAUAUCCUCCAACGAACUUCUUUCAACCAUCACCUAUCGAAGCCCAAGCUCCACCUCCUCCUGUACAAUUCUUCAAUCCUCAGCCCGCUCCAAGUCCAGUCGAACAUUCGGCAUCUAUUUUUCCAGCCACUACUGUUGAUCCCACUGCACAUUCUGCAUCCCGUCCACAGUCCUCUCUGAGUGAAUCGUUAAAUCGAAAGUCCAGCCUCUUCGGCCCAUUCGAGAAAGAUCCCGAAACCAUAACCAAAACUGUUCUCGAUAGUCGCUCAAAGUCCAGCGAAAACGUUCUUUCGCCUCCACCACGACCCAACUCAAACCUCAGCGAACCGGCACUGUUCAGUAGUGACGGACAGCCAAUUAAUUUAUUCAAUCCCGAGACGGUCAGUUCACCACCACAGCCGGUUCCAGUACAAGCACCUGUAGGUUAUCCGCAGCCGCAGCAACAUCACCAACCGCCAUUAGAGUCGGUGAAUUUCUUCAAUCCGUCGCAGAUAGCUCAGCCGCCUACGGAAUUACCUCCCCCGCCAUCGGUUGCAACUUUGGGUGCUGGAACAUAUAACCUUCAGAAAACUAGGAAACCUACAUACGCGAUUCCUCCGAGUCUUGCGAGUACUACUUUAGCUCCAGUAUCUGCUCCACAAAAUCCGUUUCCGGCGCAAGCUCCACCACCACAGCUCUUCAAUCCAGUUAUCGCAGAUCCUUUCGACUUGACUGCUCCACAGCUUCAGCAGCAACCACCGAUUCCGACUAAUCCUGUAUCGUUCUUCAGCAACCCGAUAGUAGACCCUACAUCGACAACCUUCUUCAAUCCGGUUCCUGUGAACGCCGCUCUUCCCCAGGACUUGAACGCAAACUCUGUUCUUCAGCCAACCUUAUUAAGUCCACAAUCGACUCAGCAGCAAGAAACAACCCCCACGCAACGUCCACCAUCUGCCGUCAGUCAAUUCUUCGCAUCGGCUCCAAACGAUAUAAACGCCAACUUCGCCCAUCUCCAGAUAUCACCGCCGAAACCAAAGGAACCCGUUACGAACCCUUCGGACUUCUUCAACAGUGAACUCCCGUCUGCACAACCACCAGUUGCCACAACGGGGCAGUCUCUAUCGCAAGUGAAGCUUUUCAGCUUCUUCGGUCAACCACCGGCAAUCGAGCCUCCAGCACCGAUCUCAUUCUCGCAGGACAGCGUAGAUAAAUCGACGAUUUCUUUGGACGGUUCACCCUCGAAGGGAACCGACGAUAGUGACGAUCAGGAACUGAUUCAGGUCAUCGAACCGGAACCCGUAGAUCAAAGCAACGCCGUAAACGAUUCACAGCUAGACGACCGGUACGACGACCCGUCCGAACAGGAACGCAUCGGCAACGCCCCGGAACCGAUCUUCAGCAGCGAUAAUCUAUUCGAGUUCAAAAAGUCCGCACUCGAAGACGACACCUACUCCAAGGACGUAUUGAUCGACGCCAACAGUAGUAGCAUGGCAGCGAUGACUGCAACUGCAGUGCCACCUUCAAACUCUGCCAUCGUCGACAGUUCGAUGGCUUCAAUAACGGAAGCUUCUACCAAUAUCGCUUAUCGACCCGUCUAUCGCCACUGGUUCUUCAAGCGUGAAAUAGAAUCCAAGAUCAUCUGGACACCGUUCUCCAUGAGCGAUUCGCUGGCCUUGGAAGAUGCUUUGCCAUUAAUCAAGGAAGAUGAUUCAGAGAGCGCAUCGGAUGUCAGUCCGGUGAUCGUACAUGUUGACGGAGGUCGUCAUGACGUUCUGGUUAAGGAUCGCAAGAUGACUCCGGUGUACUGGAAGGGUGCCUCACAGGAGGUCCGUAGAUGUUCGUGGUUCUACAAGAAUGUUGACUCCAGGUAUGUACCGUACGAUGAAUCAGUGGCCGAACUGUUGGAGCGAGAAUACAAGGAGGCAGCCACUUCGGGAGAAUGGCAUCGACGAGUUGUUAUUCCAAAUGGCGAAACUGUCGUAUUUCAUGGCCCUUCAGUGAUCGUACACUUUCUACAAACGCAGAACCCCGAAUCUUGGGGAGGAAGCUCACCGAUGCCUCCAACGACCAAUCGACCGCGUGUCGUCAAGCGAGGUGUCGACGAGUUCAACAUAGAAGACGGAGAACCGGAACGGGUAGAUCAUCUACUUUUCAUGGUACACGGUAUCGGUGAGGCGUGCGAUCUCCGUUUCCGACCUGUCGAAGAAGUGGUCGACGAGUUCCGAAGCAUUUCGGCUCAAUUGGUGCAGAGCCAUUACCGAUCGUCGUUUGAUCGAGGCGAUAUCGGAAGGGUAGAAGUGCUGCCAAUUUCGUGGCACAAUGAUCUCCACUCGGAAGAGUCCGGAAUCGACAAGAAACUGAAGGCCAUCACGUUGGAAUCGAUUCCCAAGUUGCGUAACUUCACCAACGACACUGUACUGGAUGUUCUGUUCUAUACCAGUCCCAUGUUCUGUCAGAACAUUAUUGACGCGGUUGGCAACUCGUUGAAUAGGCUGUAUGCAUUGUUCCUAGAGCGAAAUCCAUCGUUCAAGGGUGGCGUUUCCCUCGCAGGUCAUUCGUUGGGAUCCUUGAUCCUGUUCGAUCUGCUGUGCCACCAGAAAGGAACGCCGAUGGAAACGGAGAAUUCGGAGAACCCGGAUCUAUCGCCUUUCCUCAGCACCCACCCGACUCCGCGACCCCUGGCUCACAAAUGUUGCCAACAGCAGAUAAACUACGAAGUGGGUCCAGCCGGCACCGGACAACCGUUCAUCGCCUACCCGCAACUGCUGUUCAAUCCUAAGAAAUUCUUUGCCCUCGGUUCUCCGAUCGGCAUGUUCGUCACAGUUCGUGGAAUUGACACACUGGGCCUGGACUUCAAGCUACCGACCUGCGAGGGAUUCUUCAAUAUCUUUCAUCCGUAUGACCCGGUAGCCUACCGGAUCGAAGCCCUCGUCAACCCGGAGCUUAGUGUACUGCGCCCGGUUCUGAUUCCGCAUCACAAGGGCCGCAAACGGAUGCAUCUCGAGCUGAAGGAAACGAUGCUUCGCGUUGGAACCGACCUGAAGCAGAAAGUACUGGACACAUUCCGUAACACGCUGGAUGCGGUUUACUCGAUCACAUCAAUGCACAGACCCGACCGCAAGGCGAUCGAAUGCGAAGUGGACAAGGUUCUGGAGGAUCAACUUAAGUUUGAAACCGGAUCGGCCUCGUCGGCUUCGGAUGUGGAUACGGGUGAGACGGAUUUGCCGCUGGGCAAGCUGAACCAAACGCGACGGAUUGAUUACGUGCUGCAGGAGGCCCCACUGGAAUUCUUCAACGAGUAUCUGUUUGCGCUGACUAGUCAUGUCUGUUAUUGGGAAUCGGAAGACACGAUGCUGUUCCUGAUGAAGGAAAUCUACUCCAGCAUGGGCGUGCAGAGCGACAGUCAAAUCCCGCAGCAAUCAAUGACGAUCGAAAGGCCACGGGUCGUGAGCCCUGCGCCAGCGCCGUCAACCGCCGGCAACUUCAGUCUGUUUCCCCAGCAGCCGACCACGAGUGCAGGAGCGACGACGGGGAUGUCGGGUACGACAGGAAGUUGCAGUCGAUAGAGAAGCUGCUUGAUGCGAAUGAGUGUGUAUGUAUUUUUUACCAACCUAUUGAUACGUGUUUUUAAUAUCAUUAAUAUGUUAUAUCGUGUACAAUUAUUAUUAAACGAGUGACAAUUCCUGUCUGUAGUCUUUAAUUAAAGAAUUCUUAUUUACUUUUUCUGAUGUGAGAUAGUUUUGGGAUAGAGUAAAUGGAAGUGUGUGUGAAGACGGUAUCGGUGGGGAUAAAUUUUCUGAAAAAUAUAUUUGUUUUCGAAACAGACACCUCUAAUGAAAGAGUCAUUAUCGGUACUUACAUGGAACGUGUUUGGUUAUUGCAAUUGUUAAGAGUUUAGAAUGACGUUACCUAGAUUGAAAUAUUUGUUACGGUUAACAUGCAUUUAGAAAAUUAUUUCCUUUACAAUUGUUUUACGACAAAUAUCCAUAUGAUGGCUAUUGCAUUUGUCAUGGAUGGGACAAUAUUACGCAAAAAGUAGUCAAUGUGUAGUUCGUGCGCCGAUCACUACGAAUAAAUUUCAAAAUAGAAUGAUUUUUAUGUGAUUUUAAAAACGAAAAAUCUGUUACUGAAAACAUUAUUCGACGCCAUAAUUAAAAGAACUUCGGUAGAUUGUCCUUAACCGGUACCAUCUUUUUGAAUGAAAUUGGCAGCAAGAAUGCUCAUCAAUUGAACGUUUUCAAGAUCGUUUUAAAAAAGGCGAAAAGAAAAAUUAGUUUGUAGGGAAUUUUCAAUAAU